GUGUGGUGUAUAAGUAGCAGCUACAGAACUCGCCCUGUCAUGACGAUCAGAGAAGACCUGAGUGGAAUUUGGAGUCCAAAGCAGCAUGUUGAAAUAUCAGAAGCUGGGUUUACACUGAGUGACGGGACUGAGAACGGCCAACAGCCAACAGAGGUUUGUUGUAAUUCAUUAUGUGGAUCUGAGAGCACUCCAUUCACUUGAAGAGCAGAAGACACACUUUUAUUGCACAGACCACAAGUCUAAAAGGUUUUCUGAUUAGAAUUAACUAGUAUCUCUUUGGAGGCCUGGUCCAUGUAUCACCUGAUUUUAAAUUCACUACUUCAAAAACAAAAUAAUGUCUGGAUUGUUGUCCAAACAGCUUAAUCUUCUUUCAAUUAAAGAAAAAAGCACAUUGAUAAAAUCAGAAACAGGGCCUUCUGUUUACAUAAUUCCACAGCAAGAACAAAAAAUCGAUGAAAAAGUGUGCAAGAAAUUCAGUUUUGGGAAAGAGUCCCAAACUGGUAAAACUAAUCGCACCAUAAUGGUUCUCGGAGCAACUGGGGCUGGGAAGUCAACUCUCAUCAAUGGGAUGAUCAACAACAUUCUAGGUGUUAAAUGGGAGGAUCCAUAUCGCUUUAAGUUAGUUGACGAGGAUCAGUCAAGAUCGCAAACUGAAAGCCAGACCUCCGAAGUCACUGUGUACGAAAUCAACUACCAAGAGGGCUUUGAAAUCCCCUGCUCUCUAACUAUUGUUGAUACCCCAGGCUUUGGAGAUACAGGAGGCAUAAAAAGAGACAAGGAGAUCACAGAACAGAUACGUAAUCUCUUCUCUGCCGAGCAUGGCGUCAGUGAAAUUGACGCUGUGUGUUUUGUAGCCCAGGCUGCUUUAGCUCGGCUCACUGCAUCACAGAAGUAUGUGUUCGAUUCUGUGCUCUCAAUCUUUGGCAAAGAUGUGGCAGAAAACAUCCAGGUUCUGGUGACAUUCUCAGACGGCCAACUCCCACCAGUUCUAGAGGCGAUCAACGCUUCAGGCGUCCCUUGUCCUAAAACAAAAAACGGGCUGCCAGUUUACUUCAAAUUCAAUAAUUCUGCAUUGUUUGCACAGAACCAAUCAUCUUCUGCUGCUGACUCGAGUGGGGUUGAGGAAGAUGAAGACUUUGACAAGAUGUUCUGGGAAAUGGGGGCAAAAAGCAUGAAGAGGUUCUUUGUUGGCUUAGAUAAGAUGAAAACCAAAAGUUUGACAAUGACAAAGGAAGUCCUCGGAGAAAGAAAGCAGCUCCAGAUCUCAAUUGAAAAUGUGCAAAAGCAAGUUAAAAUAGGGUUAGCCAAGCUCGAGGAGAUUAAAGAGACAACUGAACAUCUUAAACAGCAUGAAGCAGAGAUCAGCAGAAAUGAGAAAUUUGAGUUUGAAGUAGGCGUCAUAAAGCCUUUUCAAGAAGAUAUUUCUGGCACUGGAGGCUUCCUCACCAACUGUCAGGUGUGUCAUUUCACCUGUCACGGGUCAUGUGCCUACGCCAAUGAUGCAGAUAAAAUAAAGUGUUCUGCAAUGGGACCAGAUGGAAACUGUACCCAGUGUCCAGGCAAAUGUCCUUGGAGUCAACAUUUUAACCAGAAGUACAAAUGGGAGUAUAGGGAGGUUAAAGAAAAGCAAACCGUGCAGGACCAGAAAGAAAAGUACCUGAAGGCCUCAGAGGCUAAGGGAACUGUUCAGGAAUUGAUCGACAACAUGAAUGUUGAAUAUCAGCGUGUUCGGACUGAAGUGGGGGAGAUGAUGAAGAGGUCUGCCGAGUGUCUGAACAGACUAGGAGAGAUCGCACUGAAGCCAAAUCCUCUCUCCACUCCAGGGUACAUUGACAUGCUUAUUGAGGGAGAGAAAGCUGAGGGCAAGUUAGGCUGGAAGCAACGAGUCGAGUACCUGAUGGAGGUGAGAGGACAAGCAGAGCUCAUGGCUAAAGUAGGCAAAGGGGAAACCCUACUUUAAAGUCAGGAAGCUCUAACCUAGGGAGAAUCAAGACCAGUGCCAACUUAGACCAAGACAAGAGUUGAAAAUAAUAUCAAGUUUAAGAAGAGAAUUAAGCCGAUGAUACUGAUCCAGACUUUUUAGUGACUUAAUAACCAAGGGAUGAUACCAAUCAUGGUCCUUGUUAAUUUUUCUAUGCUUACAAGUUGUUUUUUUACUUUCUUUUUUCUUAAUCAUGAGGGUUUCAAUUCUGUAAACCAACUUCUGCAGCAAAGAUGUGUUAUGAAUGUUGAUGAAUUUAAAAAGGUAAUCCUUGAAAUAAAUGCUGAAUAAGAGACUGACCUGAGUUAUAGAAGCCAGGGGAACAGAGGAAUUAUGUCAGGAUAUUUUGUGUCUACGAACGGCAUGUGUGAUUUUGUUGUUGAUUUGUUAUGCUGUGUUGUAACGCCAAAGUAAUGUUGUUCAAGCAAUGUCAAUAAAACAGAAAGAGUUUGAAGCCAAAUAUUUCCUCCAAUCCAGAGUACAUUGACAUGCUUGCUGAAUGAGAGUAAGCUGAGGCCAAGCCAGGUUGGGCUCAAAGAGUUCAGUACCUGCUAAUCAUGAGAGAAAAACGAUGAGUCUCGACACUUGAGAGACUUAAAAUUCAAUACGUUUGCCAACGUUUUUUCUAUGUUUAAACAAUUGUAUUUUCAGGUUAACCAAACAGGAGAUAACAGAUUAACCAUCUUUGUGUGAAUGCAUUUUCUCCAUGUACUGUUCAGUUUGCAGUUUUUUCCCCCUGUUAUGAUCAUUUACAUAUUUCAUGUAUGCAGUUUACAUUGCUCAAUACAUUACAUUUAGCUGACGAUUCUAUCCAGAGCGACUUACCAUACAAUGUUUUAAAAAGAUUUGUUGCUUAUUGUUUUGUAUCUUCUCUUCAGGUAUAUAUAUAUAUAUAUAUAUCUUAAAUAUACUUAAUGUGAACACGUUUAAACAAUUCUAUUGAUGUUUAUUGAAUUGCAUGUUAUUGUCCUGUAGUAAUUAAGGGAGAGAUGAAGAAAUUAUGAAAUGAUUAAAAAAUAUAUGGUAUCUUCCUUAA